GGCUGUUGUUGCCGGUUGUGCAGCGGAGCAGUGGGCGGCGCGGGUGCGCUAUGGCUCGCAGACGCGCCGCAGACGCCACGGGAGCUACGCGCACGCGCAUCUUCGCAAACGCCUCGUCCACACGACUGUCGCGCUCGAGUUGCUGCCGAUGCAUACAACUACACAAUCGUCCUGAGGUCAAGCAAUAUGUACGUGUGGAUCAUUUUGAGCUGGCUCUUUGGGCUAGCUUCUCCUAACCCCGAUGCUGUCGACACCAUUUCACUGAAACACAUUGCGAAUCUAUCUUACGAAGCAUCAAAUGCUGAUCUCAGCUCGGUGGCUUCAAUUUUCUCCCCACGUAUGGACUUUGAUCAAUGGAAACCUUUGACUGGUCGAGGGGAUCCAUUAAGAAAUGAUCCUACUUACGACUACGAACCACCUGUAUUGGAACGCGUGCACUACUGGGCUGACGACACUCGGCUCGAGCGCGAGCACUAUCCCGAGAGAAAGUCUGAAGUUCUCAUGCUUGGAGUGUCGUCUCGCAGGCCGAGCGUCGCGCCGCGCCAGCCGCCGCCCCGGCGGCACCAGCGGUUGCCUGUGCCGCCCAAGUAUGAAGAUUACUCGUACAAACUUAAUGAGCACUAUCCUAUGACUAUACUUGUACCACCUCCGCCACCGCCACCAGGACAUCAACCAUCUCCGUAUGUACUAACUGAAAAAGUACCAGUAUCAAACCCACCGGUUAAAAUAACAACUCCGACAACAUUUUCAUCAAAGAAACCCACCACGCCAAUAUCAAAAAGCCCCACAUCUUUGUACGCUUUGCAGGAAUCGAAUUUGAUUUAUCAAUCGUCAACAACUACUCAUAAUUGGCUUUUGAAUCAAAAUAACUCUAUUUCCAACGUAGUGAGCAGUGAUUAUGCUGGAUGGGGUCCUACAGCUUCUAUAGAAGAGAUUGAGGUAGCUAAUGAUACUCAAAACAUAAUACCAACUGAUCAUAACGAAAUAUUUAAGCAACCUUAUGCAUUUUAUAAACCGAUGCUAUCAGAAGGACCGCCACCUCCACAAACUACUUCGAAUUCUUUACUUCUACCGGAUUUCAUACCGACAGCCUUGCCACCUAUAGCAACGCCACAAAUAUCAACAUUCAGUGUCACGCUUGCAACACCGACAACAGAUACCACUACAGCAGAGGUUCCAACAAGGGUAGCUCAAGAUUAUUUUGAAGAGACUACCACAGAAAGACAAAUAGACCCGUUGACAAAACUUACAUCUUCAGCCACUUUUGCUAGUUCCAAACCAGAUAAAAAUAUAUUUGAUAUGUUAGGUCCAAUGUUGAGCAUGCCGCUCGUAAAUGGACCUGAGAGACCGGAAGACAAUCUGUAUGCCCACGCUUCUGAAAAUUUACAAGUGUAUAAAGAGCAUCCAACCGAAGACACUCUAAACUUAGAAACUAUGCAAACAAUGCAACCACCUCCUGUUCCAAUUACCGAAAGUACUACACAAUCUGAAUCAUACUAUACUAAUCCAUAUAUCAUAAAUAAUCAAAUGAAACAUAAACCUUCGACAUUUACGCACGAUCCGUACCUACACAUGCGUUUUACCACAGUAAAACCACCGAAUAAGAUAGAGGCGCACAAAGAUUUAAAACCUACUUCUGAAGAGCCACCCGUUCCGAUGUAUUUAAUAAUACAAGGUCAUUCUAAAGUAAAAACAUAUAGCUCGAAACCCAACAGUAAAGACAAUCUGGACACAAUAAGUAAUGAAAUACCAAAACCAAAUGAAACGAACGAAGUCAAACAUUUGCACCCAUUGCAAGACAGCAAACCUGAAAAAUUGAUGAAACCUAUAACGAGAGAAAGUCGAUCAAAAAAUUUAAAAUCUUUAGUCGAAAGUAGUUUCGGUUCUAUUGAAAUUCAGGAAGCCGAUGUAGGUAUAAAGUAUGAUGUAAGUGACGGUAGCGAUGUUCCUGUGGAGAUAUACAGAAAAGGUAUUGUCGAUAGUGAUGAGAAUUCCUACACCUCAAAGAAGCUGUUAAAACAAAGUCGUCAAAAGAGACAGAUUGAUUUGGAAGACCUGAUUCCGUUUGAUGAAGAUACUAUUGAAGAGUAUGUGUACAACUUUCUGAACGGUAAACGAAAUUCUACGGGAAUAACCGGAUUAAUAGCACAAGCAGUGACGAGUGAUGUGGCGUCUGUAGUUGAUGAUCUCGAGGAGGACGAGGACAACGAACAAGAAGAAGAGAGAUGAAUAGAAAUGACGUUAAAUUCAUAAAGAGACUUAGUGCAAAGUGUAGCGCAAUGCCAAAUAUAGGUUUUGGUGAAUAUUGUAGUUACCCACCAAAUUUUUGAAUUCGAAUUGAUGUAAGUACUCAGGCAAAUGGCCUUACCAUCUAUAUUCGCCGACACUUAAAAGGACAGUAAUGAAAACUCUCAAAUACGUAGUACAAUUAUUGUAGUUAAUUAUAAAGUACAAUUUCGACAUAAUUAAUUCGUAUAUGUAAUAAUACACGCUUAGAGCUAAAUAAAUAGACGUAAGUAGGUACUCUGACGAUGCUAUGUACUUAUUAUAACUAAUUUAUCGAUAGGACUUGCGUCCCCGUUUGCACGAGGCGUACCUACAAAAAAUUCAAGUGUACCUACUUUGAUAGGGGGAAUAAGACAGGAGAUUGCAUUCAGAACUCCAUCUUGUAAUACUCGAAUACAAACAAUUCUAGUGAUAGUUGUUGGAACGAUAAUUAUACCCACCAAUUUAUUAUUUAUAUACAAAAGUACUAUCCCCCAAAAAUAAUUAGAAUCCAGGUGGGGGAGGUAUGUUUCUGCACUGAUGUGGGGGAUUCGAACCAGCAAUUAUUUUACCCUUGAAAUCCAUAUCACGUGUAUGAUGAUCAUUUUCAUAAUACGCGAGUUCAAUCAAUAGAAAAUGAUUAUUAUGUAAAAUCUACUUAUCUAUUCUGUGGAAUAAAUAGCUAAAUAAAUGUUUGUUUAUUAUGAUAAAAUAUUCUAUGGUGGAGUUCAGCUCAAACAAACGCAUAAAACAUUCAUGUAUCUAAGUAGUUCAGUUCGGAUACAUUUUUGUGGUAUUUUUACAAAGAAAAUUUGAAAACACUUGUUUUUGUCUUUUACAUCCUAAUGUAAGAUACAAAAUCUUUAACGUUCUUUUUCAUCGUAUGGCAAUGUCUAGCUAAAGUGAAAUUGCAGCGUUAAAACGUUUAUCUAAUAAGUUAGGUACUGACUUUUAACUUAAAUCUUAUGACCUUAUCAUCUGCAGUCUGUGGACAACUUCAGAAAACUUAGCUUAUUCUAUUUAUUAUUUAUUUCUAUAUUAAGAUCAAAACUAGCAUAGAAAAAUAUACAAUUUAUACAUUAUUUCCAACCA